AUCUCAUAGCACAUAUCCUCCUUAUACUUGGCACUUUGUGGCCAUACGGUUCUUAUUGUGAAACAUGUCUGCUAGCCGCCAAAUCUACAAGCGCUGUGCACAACGUCUCCCGCUCUGGAGAGUAACACAGUCAAUUUCUUCAUGGCCUCUGAAUACCAUCCGGAUUUCCCGUAGUACCGAUUUCAAGGAUUACGCCACGUCAACACCGACUCAGCAGACUCAUCAUCCCAACCCAGGAAACUUUGCGAACCGUCCCAAGGAAGAACUGAGAGAAAUCAGCAAAAGGGGCGGUCAGAAGGGAGGUCGAGCUACGGGGGUAGGUGGGUUUCACGACAUGGAUCCUCAGAAGCAGCGUGAGAUAGCAGCGAAGGGAGGACGAGCUUCACAUGGUUCCACCGCAGAGGGAAAGGUUGCUGGUGAAGGAGGUCGAAAGAGAGGAAGACCACGCAAGGGGUCGGGCUUUUCAGAGGAGUAUGAAGACAUCGUCGUCUGAGCGUGCUGGGAGACAACGUUCACGUCUGCCGUCGUGUUUAUAGAUUGUCGAUAUAUAUGUACCUCUCAGCUGUACUUUUACUCUCGGGUUGACGUGGAAAACGUGUUUGAUGAAGCAUUGGGUCUAGACCUAUAGACCUAGCCAGAACGAUAGGAGGCCUUUCCAAACCGAAGCCAAUGUAUGGAAGAACUGAUU